CCGUUCAGUCUCGCGAGACCCAGGCGCCGCUGGUCGCCACGGUGACGGCGCAAGGAAGCUAGUACAUGUGCAUUGUGGGCAAGCGGCUGUCACGUGGGCUCAAGAUGGCGGCCGCCGGAGCGGUGGAGGAAAUGCGGAGUCGCGUUGUGUUGGGGGAGUUCGGGGUUCGAAACGUCCAUACCACGGACUUCCCGGGAAAUUACUGCGGCUACGACGAUGCCUGGGACCAGAGCCGCUUCGAGAGGGAAUUCCGUGUGGAUGUGGUGCACAUGGAUGAAAACUCGCUGGAAUUUGACAUGAUUGGAAUUGAUGCUGCCAUUGCUAACGCUUUUCGGAGGAUCUUGUUAGCUGAGGUUCCAACCAUGGCUGUGGAAAAAGUCUUUGUGUACAACAAUACAUCCAUAGUGCAGGAUGAGAUACUGGCCCAUCGUUUGGGUCUCAUUCCCAUUCGAGCUGAUCCCCGGCUUUUUGAGUAUCGGAACCAAGGUGAUGAAGAUGGUACUGAGAUAGACACUUUGCAAUUUCAGCUGAAGGUCAAGUGUACUCGUAAUCCUCAAGCUGCCAAAGACUCCUCUGACCCCAAUGAACUUUAUCUUAAUCAUAAAGUAUACACCAAACACAUGACAUGGAUACCCCUGGGAAACCAAGCAGAUGUUUUCCCGGAAGGCACCAUUCGUCCUGUGCAUGAUGACAUCCUCAUUGCCCAGCUACGUCCUGGUCAGGAGCUUGACCUACUGAUGCAUUGUGUCAAAGGCAUUGGCAAAGAUCAUGCUAAGUUUUCUCCUGUGGCUACUGCUAGUUACAGAUUAUUGCCAGAUAUUACUCUGUUACAGCCAAUAGAAGGGGAAGCAGCUGAGGAACUGAGUCAAUGCUUUUCACCUGGUGUCAUUCAGGUGCAAGAUGUUAAAGGAAAAAAAGUAGCCACAGUUGCCAACCCCCGGCUGGAUACCUUCAGUAGAGAGAUCUUUCGGCAUGAGAACCUUAAGAAACUGGUGAGGCUGGCCCGAGUACGGGAUCACUACAUAUUCUCAGUGGAGUCAACAGGUGUCUUGCCCCCUGAGGUCCUGGUGAGUGAAGCCAUCAAAGUCCUAAUGGGAAAAUGUCGGCGCUUCAUGGAUGAAUUGGAUUCAGUUCAGAUGGACUAAGUGUCUUGCAGAGACAACAGCUUCCAAAAAGGAUAUGAAGCAUUGGUCGGAGUCGGUAGUCAGGAAUGCUGUUCAGGUUGAUAAAGGCAGAGUUGAGAAGCUGAGUGGCAAGGUCUUCAACAGUGUAGAAGUCUUGCUGCAUAGAAGAGCCUGCUUUCCCUAGGAUAUGGAAACUACAAAGGAAAAUUACCAGCAAAUUCAGUACCUACCAAUGCAAGUUCUUAAUGCUCAAGAAACUAAAAAACUGUAUCUGCUCCAGCUUAAUAGCCAUUUAAAUUAAUUUCUGAGUCAAGGGAUAACCAUCUUCUAAUCCCUAAUUAAUUAAAACGCUAUGACUUUAAAAUGAAA